AUGGUAAUAAGAGGAAUGACUAUUGAUUCCAAUUACUUAGUAGAUGUUGAUGAAAAUGGAAUGAUAUAUGGAAUGACACAACACCAUAGACUUCACCAUCAACCUAGUUACUCUAACAAUUUCAUUUGGGGUCAUUAUUCGACUUUGGUUUGGUAUCCAAAUCCUCCAAUCUCCUAUGUACAAGCUCCACCUCCUAGUGCUAAUGUAAGCUCAUUAGAAGAGAAUACAAGAAUGAGUCUCCGAAGAAGAAGACACCACCACAGAUUUCUCCAUCGGCAAUACCGUGCGCAAGAGAUCAGACGUCACUCCAACUUUCAUUCCUACGUAACUGCUUCACCAUAUAGAGUUCCAGAAACAACAAAUCAUUCAAGAAGUUCUUCAAUGCCCAUACAAAAUGCACCUAAUAGAGACAACAUGCAUAAUCUUCAUCCUCCUGCGUUUCGUGAAUUUCCUUCGUAUAUGAUCAUGGACACUGAUGACAUGUCAUACGAGACACUUUAUAAUGUGCAGGAAUUUCCUUCAUUAGGUGACCCUCAUAGUGAUAUGCGCUUGGACAUUGAUGGCAUGUCAUAUGAGGAGCUUCUUGAGUUAAGUGAAUGGAUGAAUGGCAACUCAGAAAGGGGUUUGUCAGAAGACAUUAUUGCAAGACAUAUGCAGACAAAAAGUUAUCUACUACUUGAGAAUUUGGGGGACCAGGAAUCUGAUAUUUGCAUAAUAUGCCAGGAUGAAUAUAAAAAUAAAGAGGAGAUUGGAAUUCUUCAAUGCGGACAUGAAUACCAUGCAGAGUGUUUAAAGAGAUGGUUACAUGAGAAAAAUGUUUGUCCCAUGUGCAAAUCAAAAGGAUUGACUAUUGAAUAG